AACUCGUUCGUUCAAACUGUGCUCAAUCUCCAUCUUAGCUUCACUCAAAUGUUAAACAUGACUCAGUCUCCACACCACUCAGACAACUCAAGCCUGAUCGAUCAACCCGGAACACAUCACUGGCACCCAUGUUUCAAAGCUGGUCCUACGCAGUUAUCCACAAUGUUCGGGGCACGUCAUUUCAGAACGCGUCUUGCUCUCUACAACGCACCACUACACCCUCCAGAGGACAAACUGGUCCCAUUCCUUACCAAUGAUUUACAACGAACCUCAAAUGGUAUCGUUCACACUUUAUCAAUUAUAAAUUUCGUCCAUUGCAUCUGCGUCGUCAUUACUUACUAUCGCUGCCCCCUCUGUAAUCCGUGGAGUUACAAUUACUCCUUCUCUGAUACUCGUGCUUCUGCCCUCGGCACACCAUGUUCCGAAUGUCGGGGUGGCGAGUUGGGUGGUUGCGAUGCUCGGAAAGGCAUGAUGCGAAACUGGCUUCCGGCGGCCAACGCAAAACACAAGGCAUUGUGGCCCCCUGGUGGCUGCCUUCUUCACCCACCAUUUUUUGCCUGACCUUUUAACUCGCUGCCAUGUAUACUGCCUUCGCUCUGCAAAGCUUAUCUGGGGACGACCGGGUGUCCCGCGGCCCUACACUUGUUAUGCUCUCCCAUGUGUCGUAGAACUCUUGGAAUGUCACUGCCCUACUCUCCACACCAGCCUGGUACAGAGAAUGACUGAGAUCGAGACGUUGAGACCGGUCAAAUUCGAAUGGCGUCAAGCAACUAACACAGCUGACUGACACGGAACAAUCAGCUUGCUAUGGUUUAAUCCAAAAAACCGAUUUCAAUAUGCGUCGCUCAUGUCUGCUGG